AUGAAAUCUUUUGAAGUAUCUGAUUCUGUGUUAACAAGUUUACAAGGGUUUGUACAAUGCAACCCAUCUUUAACUUUGGUUGAAAGUGAAAAGAUUAUUUACAGAAAACAAAACACAACAAAUGGCAAAAAAACAGUAGGCUUGAUUUCUGGUGGUGGUGCAGGCCAUGAACCUACACAUGCCGGUUUUGUUGGUAAAGGUAUGUUAACGGCUGCCGUCUCUGGUGAUAUUUUUGCUUCCCCUUCAACCAGACAAAUCUUGAACGCUAUUAAAUUGGUCAAUAACGAUCCUAGCACAAAUGGUGUUUUGUUAAUUAUUAAAAGUUACACUGGUGAUAUUUUACAUUUUUCAUUGGCCGCCGAAAGAGCCAAGGCAAUUGGUAUCAACUGUGAAAUCGCCUGUGUUGGUGACGAUGUCGCUGUUGGUAGAGAAAAGGGUAAAUUUGUUCCUAGAAGAGCUUUGGCCGGUACCGUUUUGGUACACAAAUGUGUUGGUGCAUUUGCCGAAUUGUACAGUGAUAAAUAUGGUGUUGCUGGAUGUCAAAAGGUGGCUAAUAUUUUGAAUGACAACUUGGUUACUAUUGGUGCCUCUUUGGACCAUUGCCAAGUCCCUGGAAGAAAAUACGAGAGCGAAUUGACUGAAAACCAAAUGGAAUUGGGUAUGGGUAUUCACAAUGAACCGGGUGUCCAAGUUUUAGAACCAAUCCCUAGUGCAGAAAAGCUUGUUGGCGAAUAUAUGUUACCAAAACUUUUAGACCCUAAAGACAAAAACAGAUAUUUUGUUGAUUUUGAGAAGAAUGAUGAUGUUAUUUUGUUAGUUAAUAAUUUGGGUGGUGUCUCUAAUUUUGUUAUCACUUCCAUUGUCAAAAUUACUACUGAUUUAUUGUUGAAAAAUUAUAAUAUCAAGCCAAAACAUACCAUUUCUGGUACUUUAAUGACAGCUUUUAAUGGUAAUGGUUUCAGUAUUACUUUGAUAAAUGCCUCUAAAACUAGCAAAUCUUUAAGUGAAAGUUUCCAAUCUUUGGAUAUCAAUUUGUUUGACUUAUUAAACCAUCCAACUGAUGCUACCUCCUGGCCACAACAACACGAUCUAUCUAAGAUUGCUCCACCUACAUACAACCCAUCAAUUUUGAAGGAAGAAAUUACUGCCCAACCUGCAGGAAAAUUUGAUUUUGCAUUAUUUUCUAAAAUGAUUCAAGGUGGUGCUGAAAGUAUUAUCAAGGCUGAACCUCAUAUUACUGAAUUAGAUACUCAUGUUGGUGAUGGUGAUUGUGGUUACACUUUAGCUGCAGGUGCUAAGGGAAUUAAUGAAAACUUGACUUCUAUUCCACACAAAUCCUUGUCUAUCACUUUGGCCUACAUUUCAGAUCUUGUUGAAAAAUACAUGGGUGGUACUUCCGGUGGUUUAUAUUCUUUAUUAAUCACUGGUAUUUCCAAAGGUGUUAUUACAUACUGCGGUGAAAAUGAACAAGUUACUCCAGAAACUUUAGCCAAGAGUUUGGAAUAUGGGUUGGAAACUUUGUACAGAUCCACAAAUGCAAGACCAGGUGACUAUACUAUGGUUGAUGCUUUGGAACCAUUUAUCAAGACUUUUGAAAAGACCAAGAAUUUCAGCGAGGCUGUUUUAGCUGCCAAGAAGGGUGCCGAACAAACUGCUAAGAUCGAUGCUAAAUUUGGUAGAGCUUCUUACGUUGGUUCUACUACUAACAUUCCAGAUCCUGGUGCCGUUGGUUUCUAUGAAUUUGUUGCUGGUAUGGAAAAGGCUGCUAAAUAA